UCACGUCAGACCCUCUCAAUCGAGCGUCAAAACACUUGUGUUGAUGUCGGACGCAGCUGUUGUCCUGUCCAUUUGCUAACACAUCAAACUUUAAGCCCCAAGAUGUUUUUGUCUGCUGCAGUCCGCUCUGCAGUAUCGCAGACGGUCAGGAGUCUGCAUCGUUCUGCUGCACGCGCUGGAGCUGGUGGAAUCUUUGUUCACAGAGAUACUCCUGACAACAACUCAGAUACUCCUUUUGACUUCACUGAGGAAAACAAAAAGAGGAUUGAGGCUAUCAUUUCAAUGUACCCUGUUGGACAUAAGCAAGCAGCCACCAUCCCAGUGUUGGAUUUAGCCCAGAGGCAACAUGGAUGGCUCCCUAUCUCCGCCAUGAACAAGGUCGCUGAGGUGCUAGAAAUUGCUCCAAUGAGAGUGUAUGAAGUAGCAACAUUCUAUACGAUGUUCCUGCGUCAGCCUGUGGGAAAAUACUUCAUUCAGAUCUGCACAACAACACCCUGCAUGCUUUGCAACUCAGACAGCAUCCUGGAGGCCAUCCAAAACAAACUGGGUAUCAAGGUUGGAGAGACUACUCCAGACAAGAUGUUCACGCUAAUAGAAGUGGAAUGCCUAGGUGCCUGUGUAAAUGCUCCAAUGGUCCAGAUCAACGACAACUAUUAUGAGGACCUCUCACCUAAGGACAUUGAGGACAUUAUUGAUGAACUUAAAGCAGGCAGAAUCCCACCACCUGGGCCUAGGAACGGCCGUUUCUCCUGUGAGCCUGCAGGCGGAUUGACUUCUCUGACAGAGCCUCCUAAAGGACCAGGCUUCGGUGUAAGACCGGACCUGUAGGCAUUUUUGGGCCACCAUCUGCUUUUAUCAAAAGCCACUUGUCCCUGAAGCUGACAUUAUGCUUAAUGUUGUGUAAAUAAAAUGUUCAUAUACCUGUG